AAUGGCAAACCUAGUAGCCAAGGAUGAAGUUCGCCCUUUUCUUCUCCCUGUAACAAAUUCACAAGUUUUUAUCAGCAGAAAGAAAAAUCAAAGCUUGUAGUCAAGCCGCCUCUGUCGAGCAUACGAUUUUCUAGCCUUCAUCCUUCUGAUUAUAAUUCCAUCAAAGCCCUCAUCUUUUAUCAAAUCCGACUGUCCAAACUAUUGCUGCUAUGCGAUCUAAGUCACAGAGAAGUUCCACUAUUGUAUAAUUGUCGGAGAUAGCCAUCGGUCUCUAUACCCACUAAGGAUAUCUAGGAGUUCUCCAAAGUAAAUAUGGCGUCUAGGCGCCAAGUUCGGUACUCUCCACUUCCUGAUGAUGAAAAAGAUGAUUAUGAUGGUGUUGGGGAAACACAUGACCCUCGUUUUGAGUAUAGACCUGGAGCCUUUGAUCAAAUCCCUUGGAAAUCCGUAGCCCUUGCACUUUUUUUGCUCUUUCUUGGAUCGUUGCUUCUCUUUCUUUCAUUCUUCAUCUUGACUGGCCACAUGGGUGGAGAGAAAUCCCAGGGCUAUGGUCUCUUGGCUCUUGGAAUCCUUGCCUUCCUGCCAGGCUUUUAUGAAACUCGGAUAGCAUAUUAUGCAUGGAGGGGUGCUAAAGGUUACCGCUUUGCUUCUAUUCCAAGUUAUUAACGAUGUUUGUCUUUGAGGAUUGGUGGUAAAGUUCCUAAGUACCACUUAUGCUUGCCGUUUUAUGAUUCAGAUGCUCUCUCUCUCUCUUCCCCCUUCUCUCCCUCCCCUUUUCCUGUAGGCUUUGGCUGCAAUCCACCUGUGUUGUCUCACUGUAUUUGAUUAUUUAUAAUUUGUAAUUAUAUAAUUGUACUUCACAAAUAAAAGUAGUUGGGAUUGUAUCCA